UUUUAUUUUUUAUAGUAAUGCAAUUCACAAACGUAGGCAUGCACAAUCAAACAAUGUGGGGUUAUAGAUGUUAUUUUUAGGAGAGUCAUGUCAUGGAAAGGUAGGUUAAUAGACUCUUAGGAUUUAUUUGGUCCCAGACAAGGGCACAUUUGGUAAGCAUUCCAGUGCAAAGUAUACGACUGUUUCUUUUGAAGGCAUGAAUAUAAAAUAGAAAACAUUAUUCGCUAUGUCAGUCAUAGUGCAGGUCUGAGUUCACCAACUCUGUCUGAACCCUGUUCUUCUAUGCAGAAGACUGUGUUAGCCUGUGUAAGCUAAAGGCUACUUAUCGUGCAAGCUGAAACACCUGCAUUACACUCGGACAGUGUUAGCUCGGACAGUGUUAGCCCGCUGAGCUAAGGUGCAAAGGCAUUUGCUCUGGGAGUCAAUGCAAAUCUUCAGGUCUCACUUAGGCAAGAUGCUCUUCACAUGAGCGUGGUUCACCGAACAACCCCUGUUACAUAUAGGCCUAAUGGCUACCCCCAAGCCAUUAGACUGCUGAGCAAUUAAUCAAAUGGCCACCCAGACUAUUUACAUUACACUGCUGCUACUUGCUGUUUAUUAUCUAUGCAUAGUCACUUUACCCCCAUCUACAUGUACAAAUUACCUCGACUAACCUGUACCCCCGCACAAUGACUCAGUACCAGGGUAUGAAUAUAGCCUCGUUACUGUUAUUUUAUUGUGUUACUUUUUAUAAUAUUUUUUACUUUAGUUUAUUUAGUAAAUCUUUUCUUUACUCUAUUUCUUGAACUGCAUUGUUGGUUAAGGGCUUGUAAGCAUUUCACGGUAAGGUCUACACCUGUUGUAUUUGGCGCAUGUGACAAAUCAAAUUUGAUUUGUCUUCAUGUCUGUCCCCCUGAGGGAACAACCCCAUUAAGAUCCUGGGGUUUGUCCAAAGGGGACUCUACCUACUGCACAUAACUCAUUAAAAGUGAGAGGUAUUGACAUGUUAAGUGCACCGAGCUGUCUGUUUGAACUACUGGCACACAGCUCGUACACUCAUGCAUACCCUACAAGACAUGCCACAAGAGGUCUCUUCACAGUCCCCAAGUCCAGAACAGACUAUGGGAUGGGCACAGUACUACAUAGAGCCAUGAGUACAUGGAACUCUAUUCCACAUCAAGUAACUGAUGCAAGCAGAAAAAUUUGAUUUAAAAAACUGAUAAAAAUACACCUUAUGGAACAGUGGGGACGGUGGAGCUACACAAACAUAGGCACAGCCACAUGCAUACAGACACACUUUAACACACACACUAUACACAGGUACACAUGGAUUUUGUAUUGUAGAUAUGUGUUAGUGGUGGAGUAGGGGCCCGAGGGCACACAUUGUGUUGUGAAACCUGUGAAUGUAUUGUAAUGUUUUAAAAAUUGUAUAAAUUGCCUUCAUUUUGCUGGACCCCAGGAAGAGUAGCUGCUGCCAAUGGGGAUCUGUAAUAAAUACAAAUACUACAGUAUCACACUGCAUCAAUCAAUUAACACCAAUUGUUCCAUCGACUCAAGCCUAAUUAGCAUAUAAGCCAGCUUCAACACUGCUUCAUUAUCAUGACAUUAUCACACCGUUAUCAUUCAAUUACCAUACCAUGAUCAUGUCAUUAUCAUUGAAUAAUGCAGUGUCUUGGUGCAUAGACCCUAUUGGCGAUCAUGUCACGACUUCAAGAACUGCAAGUCAAUUCCAUACAUUGAUUGGGAGAGUAAAUUAGCCUCAUUCAUUAUACAUGAUCAUAGAUUGCUGAGAGGCGCAAUGUUGGAAUAGACAAUUAUCUUGCAAUCACUAUAUUAUUAUUGUGAGAAUAGAGCGGUCCAGUGUUUGUCACUUUGUCGAAGUGACAUGUUUUAACGAUAAUCCCUCCUAAUUUAGCUUCUGUUGGAUUUAUUUGUGUUCACAGCCACUGAAUAAUGCAAAUCAAAGACCAUGUUGUCAAACCCAAUCACUUGCAUUCAUUAUUAUCAGCUGGAAUAAUAAGAAUGAAUAAGAUUAGGUCAACGAACGGGCGAGUUUUUGUAUACAGACUAUGGAGGAAACAGUGGGUGUGUUGAGAGGGCCGCGUAGAGUGUGAACAUAACAAUGCAAUUUGGGCUGCGCGUCAUUUGUGGAUGUGUGGUUUUGUUGGCGUGUGUGUGUGUAUGCACUGUAAGUGUGUGUCUAGUCUUUGUUGCUGAGUCAGGCGAGUCCACUCUCCAGGUCUGUUGCUCUUUUCCAUUCUUUCCCCCUUCUCCCUCUCCCCUCUCUCGCUCUCGGUCUCUCGCUGUACAUUAUCUCCCCACUUUUCUUCCUCUGCCCAGGGGACUUUGUUUUAUAAGGUGACGUCAAUUUUCAUUGGAUCGAGCCGUGGCACGAGCCUCAUGUUCUGCUUUCUCCGCCUAGUUUUUUAUUUUCAUUUUUUAAAACCAAUUUACAACUUGUUUCUUUUUUUUUAGCGCAUUGGUAGUCCAUGUCGCCGGCUAGAUCCAAGCGGUGUUUACAUUCUUGCAUGCCUGGACGUAGCGUCUCUAUGCGGACAGGACAUUACCGUAAACUGUAGGAGGUUGUGCUUUAUGAAUGAACAACGAGAAGGAAAUACAACAAUCCAAACGUGAUCGCGGUGAGCGAGCCACCGAUAUGAGGGAUUAGCGUCCCUGUACCAGAGACUCAUUGCGGAAAGCCUUUCACUGCGGACUCAUGUGAAAACGCAUCGGGGGAGAACGUGUUUAAGAGGCAUUGACCAGCGGAAAACCGUGGUGACCAUGUCCAUUCAUAUUGUUGCGCUGGGCAGCGAGUGCCCUGGGGGAGUGAGGCCCGGGGAAGAGGCCAUGGGUCAGGGCCAGCUCCAGGGGGGCCUGCUGUGGAGCUACUUGGGCCAUGGAGCUGUGGCUGGAGGACCUGAGGAGAGCAGUCUGUCCAACUCGGCCUUCAUGGAGUACACAUCCCGCGUGUUUGGAGACGUCACUGUGGUGGUGCAGGACUGCCCUAGCUGGGAUCUGUUGGACAGUGACUGGGCCAGCGUGCGGAGCGUUCUAGAACAGGCUGACAUCCUUGUUAUCAAGUACUCGGUCAACGACAAGCUGGCCUUCCAGCAAGUGCGCAACGGAUACGCCCCUAGACUUCGCCCCCUCCUACACCACUGGGGCAUGCCUGUUAUUCUGGUUGCUGUGGGCGCCCGCCUAAACGAUGAGGGGCCCCCCUGCACAUGCCCCCUAUGUGCAUCAGACUGGAGCAGCUGCGUCCCCCACAGCGAGGGCCUGCAGCUCUCUAGGGACCUGGGGGCCACUUAUCUGGAGCUACCCUCCCUCAACCAUGUCUUUGUGAGCCGCUACUUUGGCAGCGUGCUGGAGUACUUCAUGAUUCAAUGUUUGAAGCAAAAGGCCAACGACCGUCCAGAAAAGAGACGUGGCAACAAGCUGAAUGAGCCCCGCCCCCCUCAUCUGGAACAACCAGCACGUCUUCCGCCCAUCCGAGUGGAGGAGUCCAGCUUCUCUCAGGACCUACAGUGGCUGCUGGAGCGCGGCGCCCAGUUUGCCGAUGUAGCCUUCUACGCUGGGGACUCUGGGAAGGAGCUGGGCUGGGGGCAUGCCGCCGUCCUCUGUGCUGUCAGCCCCUACUUCAGACAGCUGUUGCUGGGGCCCAAGGCCAGGGAUAGGCCCAUCUCGCGUUGCGCCUGCCGGGGGGACGGCCGGGGAGAAGGGGGACCCCCAUCACUGCUCUCCACCUGGGAUGGGGGUCUGGGCAAAGAGGACGGGUUGCGGCCUGAUGGGCAUCUGGCUGGACGGCUAUCACGCCUGGUGGUAAAGGACCCGCUGCUGUGCCUGUGCCUGUGGGAGACGCUCAUGUUCCUCUACCGAGGGGCAUGGGAGUGGGAGCACCUCCAGGAGGCCAUGGGGGAGAAGCUUAACAACUCUCUGGCCGUGGCUCAACUCAUGGACCGCAUCCGCUCCUUCCUGGGCAGAGACAAGGGUCCCAGGGACACGCUCAACGCCCGAGCCGCCCAGCUUGGUCCUCAGUCUCUGGUCAACCUCUUCAAUUCUCCUCUCUACUCUGAUGUAAUUUUUAUGGUGCAAGGGAGUGUGUUACCGGCUCACCGGGCGGUCCUGGUGGCCCGCUGUGAUGUCAUGGCGGCUAUGUUCAGCGGGAAGUAUGCGGAGGCACGGAGUCGGGUGGUGCCCAUCCACGGAGUCUCCUCUGACACCUUCCUCUCCUUCCUGGAGUACCUUUACACUGACACCUGCUGUCCUGCCAGUGUAUUGCAGGCCAUGGCCGUGCUGGUCUGUGCAGAGAUGUACCAGGUGAAGCGUCUGCAGCACCUGUGUGAGGUGUGUGUAUGCGCCUACCUCCAGAGCAUGCCUAGCCGAGAGCUGGCAUCAACCAGCAUCAGUGUGAUCCGCCUUCUCCGCAGGGCCAAGUGCCACAAUGCAGAGCAGCUGUAUGUAUGGCUACUCCACUUCAUAGCCAAUAACUACCUAAUCUUCAGCCACAAGCCUGACUUCCUGGAGCUCUCAGAGGAGGAGCGGGAACAGGUGGAGAGACUGCGCUGGCCGUCCCGAGGCUACCUGCAGGAGCUGAGCGAGUAUCAGCAGCGCCGACGCAAACUCAAGAAGUCCCGCUGCCUCGUCAUGUGACACCCACCUGCCGCCACACCCUGGAGAAAUAGUGAGAGACAGAGAGGAGAAGGUGUGGGGCAAGAGACAGAGGACAAAGAAGAGGGGGAAAAGGUUGGCAGGGAGGACUUGAGAGAGAAGGAGAGAAGACGCUAUAAAGAAACCAGACUUUAAUUCCAAGCUAUCUGCCUGAAUUAGGCAGUGAAUAAGGGGAACAGAAAGCUAGGCAGCUUGGGAAUAGAAGACCCAGAGGGUUGAGCGUGGAGCAGAAAAGGUCAAAAGGCGACGUCAACGGGAGGUGAAAUGCAAGACUGACGCACCCCGGUCCUUUAAGAUCAACACCUGACUGUCUUUGGGACAAAAUGACUGAUCUAUUUAACCAGGGAGAAUUUCAAAAUGACAUACUAGGGUGGAAAAAAGAAAAUGGCUACAUUCCAGGUUUAUCUUUGCAGUCGCGGUGGCUGCAUAUUUCAGAAGAUUGCUAUAGCAUACUUGUGGUUCCUGAGAUGUAAAGCCUUCUUCAGGCACUGUGCAGCUGCAAAAACAUAACCUGUCCAUAGAGGAUGCAUCUAUGGCCCGGAGAUUAUUGGUAGAAAAAUGGCUGUGUCCAUGGCGAACCCUAACCCUUUUCAAGGCAAAUUAACUGUGUAUCCAUGUAGAAUGGACAGUGAUCAUCUUUGCCAUCUCCACACAGGAGAUGCAUAUAUUUUUUAUUUAAGUGAAGAUGGUGCUCAAAUGAACAUAUAUGCACGGGAAACGUUCAAAGGAACAGGCUGAAACGCAUCUAAAACGUUUGGGAGUGUUCUGUCUAAUGAACGUGAACAUUGAUUGUGCAUCUAUAGAGGAUGUCUAUUUAAUCUAUGGACACAAUCCUCCAGUCCCAAAUCAACCCAUGGCACUACACCCUACACACUUGUUAAUGUCCCCUUCCUUCAUAUCCAUAAUGGUUCAUCCAGAAAUGUCUAGGGCUAUAGGAGUUGAUUUUGGUCGAGGCCACCAUAACUGUGAGUAUAUAGUGGCCCUACAUGGUUGUCUUACUGGGUUCUUCUGCAAUGCUAAAUCCUCAAAAAGAGAGCACCCAUGUUUAACAGCAUUGGGGCACCUGGAGACUUAACACACACACGCGCACACACACGAUCAUUGAAACCCUAGCCAAACAACACCUCUGGUUUGACCACACCUCAUGUGUAUUUUUUUUGCCAUGAGAUUAUAAUUUGAUGGUGCUGCAACUAUUUUUGUACUGUGUACUGCCUGUACCAGGGUGUGUUUUGUAACGUCUGGAGAAGAGCUAACUGCAUGUGGAGACUAGAGGGUGUAGGUGUUUUAUUUGGUGACCAGCCGGCCAUGGGGGAUGGUUGUGUACAGUGAUAAUGGUGACCUGAGUCACUCGGAAUAAAAAUACGUUUUAGAAGUACACGUUG